CCGUAAGUAAACAGUCUGGUGUUUAUCCGCGUCUCGCUCACACCGACCGCGUCGUGUCGCGCCUCUGAGGUGCACUCGCUGUUCCUAUUAUUUUCGUGACGGGUAUUGCGCCGAAGCCGAUUCCCGCAUCCUCGCCCCCGAGACGCAAGGUCCGGUCUCGCGGCGGAGGCGGCGGCGGCGGCCGUUCGCAUCGCGCGCUAGUCCAUACUCGAGGCUGACUGUCGCAUUCGCGCCUACGAAACUUUACUUAGCCAGUUGACGUCUCGUUGAAAAUGUGGCACGUUCGGAAGUACGCAUCGCGAUCGCGUCGCGGUGGAUGACGAUCAGUGUGAUUUCGUGGCUGUGAUAUUCCAUAGAACGGGUGACGUGUUGGUGAUAGUGAUCGGAUUCAAUUUUGGCGCGCUGAUGCUACACGUGAAUGUGGAUGGAGUGCGGAGUGGUGUUGGAAGAUGCAUUUCAAAGAGUCUUUCGCGAUGAGCGAUCGACCGAACGAGCGCGGCCGGCGCAACUCUCGCUGCAAGGGUCCUGGCGUCAAGAUGGAGCACUUCCAAACGGCACUGGAUCCUCGCAAGCAGGAGCUGCUGGAAGCGCGCUUCUUAGGCGCCAAGGUGGGAGCAAGGGAGAUUAUAGUAGAAACCCAGCGCGCGCCUGAGUACAAGACGAUGUCAGCUGGGUCACAAAUUCAGAUGGCACCACAAACUACUGUCAACACGGGGCAACCACUACACAAUCAGGACUCCAAUAUGAGUACAGGGUCGUCCCAUAGUGAUAAGGAAGUAGAUGCUUUGACACCUGAAAAGUCUGCUGCUAUGCGAGGCUCCAAUAGUGUACCAGGGGCUGCACUGGUGCCGCCAAGUGGUGCUACUCCUACUAUUGCUAUGCCAGAAAGAAAACGAAAACGGAAAGGAGAAGAAGGAGUUGGCGGGGGAGGAGGUGGUGGCGGCAAGCAGCGACAUAAUUCUGAUAAGAAUAUUAGAGAAUACUUCUCUAAGCACCCCUCCUCGAGCCCUGGUCGGCACACUGGUGCCAAAUCCCCUUCACCGCAAGGAGCCAACUACCCUAUGUACCCACCGUCACCUUCGUCGCUGCUGCCCACAGGAGCCAGUUUUUUAAGUUCGGCCACGCAGCAGCGGCUUAUAUCUUCUGUUAAACAGGUUCAAACAGAACUGACAUGUCAGAGGAUACAAGAGUUAGAAACUCAAGCAUCAUCUGAUUUAGAGCUAAGGAAUAAUAGAAUAGAAGAAUUAACAAGAAGUAAUGAAGAACUGAAGCAUCAAGUGCAAGCACAGAGCAAGGUAAUAGAGCAACACAAAUCACACAUCAACAAGUGUAUAGAAGUCGUUAAGAAAUUGUUAAAUGAGAAGAGUACUAUAGAAAAGAAAGAAGCCCGGGCGCGGUGUAUGCAGAACAGGCUUCGGCUGGGGCAGUUCGUGACGCAGCGGGUCGGGGCCACCUUCCAGGAGAAUUGGACUGAUGGAUAUGCUUUCCAAGAACUUACGAGGCGGCAAGAGGAGAUCACGGCGGAGAAGGAGGAGAUCGACCGGCAGAAGAAGCUGCUGUUCAAGAAGCGGCCGUCCAACAGCGAGGGCGGCGGCGGACGCGGCAAGCGGGCGCUGAGCGCGGCCGCCAGCACGCCGGCGCCGCAGCCGCCGCAGCCGCCGCAGCCGCCGCCGCUGCACAACGGCACCGACCAGCCCACCUUCCUCAAGCCCGACCCGCUGCCCUCCAUGACCUGGCAGGAGUACUACGAGGCUGACGAGAUCCUCAAGUUAAGACAAAGUGCUUUAAAGAAAGAAGAUGCAGAUUUGCAGCUAGAAAUGGAGAAAUUAGAAAGAGAAAGAAAUCUUCACAUACGAGAACUGAAACGGAUACAUAAUGAGGAUCAAAGUCGCUUUUCACAACAUCCAGUAUUGUCAGAACGGUACCUGCUACUAAUGCUGCUGGGCAAAGGUGGAUUCAGCGAGGUUCACAAGGCGUUCGACCUGCGUGAACAGCGCUACACCGCCUGCAAGGUGCACCAGCUCAACAAGGACUGGAAGGAAGACAAGAAGGCCAACUAUAUCAAACACGCGCUAAGAGAAUACAACAUCCACAAAGCCCUGGACCACCCGCGCAUAGUCAAGUUGUACGACGUGUUCGAGAUAGACGGAAACUCUUUUUGCACCGUGCUGGAGUACUGCAACGGCCAUGAUCUUGACUUUUAUCUCAAGCAGCACAAGACAAUCCCCGAGCGCGAAGCCCGGUCGAUCGUGAUGCAGGUGGUGUCGGCGCUGAAGUAUCUGAACGAGAUCAAGCCGCCGGUGAUCCACUACGACCUGAAGCCCGGCAACAUCCUGCUGACGGAGGGCAACGUCUGCGGCGAGAUCAAGAUCACCGACUUCGGGCUGUCCAAGGUCAUGGACGAGGAGAACUACAACCCCGACCACGGCAUGGAUCUCACCAGUCAGGGCGCGGGCACUUAUUGGUACCUGCCACCCGAGUGUUUUGUAGUCGGCAAGAAUCCGCCAAAGAUCAGUAGCAAAGUGGACGUGUGGAGCGUGGGCGUGAUCUUCUAUCAGUGUCUCUACGGCAAGAAGCCCUUCGGACACAACCAGAGCCAGGCCACCAUUUUGGAAGAGAACACCAUUCUCAAGGCCACCGAGGUCCAGUUCGCUAACAAACCCACAGUCAGCAACGAGGCUAAGAGCUUCAUCCGCGCGUGCCUGGCGUACCGCAAGGAGGAGCGCAUCGACGUGUUCGGGCUGGCGCGGCACGAGUACCUGCAGCCGCCCAUGCCCAAGCCUCGCGGCGCCACGCUGGCCUCCGGCGCCGGCGCCGGCGCCGCGCCGCCCGCCGCCUUCUCCGCCGGUCUGUUCUCCGCCGGCGCCGGCUCCUCGUCCUAGCCGCGCCGCCGCCGCGCGCGCGGGGGCGCCGCGUCGCCGGCGGCCAGCCACCACUGACCGGACCACCACCUGCAGCCAGCAGUAGUGUAGAGAUCGUCUGGGUGUCGUGCUGUCGACCGAACGGAAAUAUUUUUGUUAUGAAAACAGUUCGACGACGAGCGGAGACCAAAUUGUGGAUGUUGCAUCACAACUUUGUAUAUAAUAUCUCUACACGUGUAUACUACAGUUUUUAUUGUACAGAACGGUAUUAUUCCUAUAUAAAGUUUUGAUUCAAAUUUAGAUAAAUAUGUUCUGCCUGUUUCGAUGACUGUGGACGCGAGUGCGGCGGCGGGGGCCCGAACCCCCACAAUAUACUUUUAAUUUCCGAGACAAAUAUCCGGAGUUGUAAAAUGACUAAGUAUCGUUUACAGAUUAAAUUGUUUAAGAUUAUGCUUACUGUUGACUGUAUUUAUUGAGCGGGUGAUAAAAUGUGAUUCUCCAUUUAUGAAUGGUUUCAUCCUUUUAUCACUAGAGAGAAAAUCCUUGGGAGUAUCCCUUGCAUAUUAUAUAAGUUAUCCCUAUUAAAAAGUUAAAAAUAUUCGAAA